UCUUCCACACCACCAAAGAACAAAGGAGAUGGAGGAGGGCGGCUCCUAAUCCCCAACCCCAAAGCCGAAACCAGCCGGGGUCGAGACCACCGACGAGGCCCCGGAGCCGGUGGAGGCGGAAGCGCCCGAUCCCGGAAUGGGCGAAGAAGAUGAAGGACGCGUCGACCGCAUCAGCAGCCUCCCCGACGCCGUCCUCGGCGACAUCAUCUCCCUCCUCCCCGCCGACGAAGGCGCCCGCACCCAAAUUCUCGCUUCCAAGUGGCGCCACCUCUGGCUAUCCGCCCCACUCAACCUCGACUGCGCUGACCUACUAGCCCGUUACAGUGAUCAUGGCAUUGGCGAGCAUGCUGCUGGUGUCGUAUCGCGCAUCCUUUCUUCCCACUCGGGUCCCGGUCGUCGCCUCCGCAUGGAGGGUGACCACUUCGGCCUCGAAGUUGCUACCAAUACUAUGGAUUCCUGGCUCCGGUCCGGCACUCUUGACAACCUGCAGGAGCUCCAGCUUGGAUAUUACUCAACGGAGGCACCGCUGCCGUCCUAUACCUUCCGCUUCGCACCCACCCUCCGUGUUGCCACCAUCAAAAAGUGCAACCUCCCCGACGGCACCAUCCAAGGGCUUCACUUUCCCCUGCUCAAGCAUCUCGGGCUUGAUUAUGUCAGCAUUUCGGAGUGCUCACUGCACAGCCUCAUUGCCGGUUGCCCCGCUCUCGACUGCUUGCUGAUGUUACAAAGCAUUGACUUCCGCUGCCUUCGGAUCAACUCCCGUACCCUUAGGAGCAUUGGUGUUGAUAAUGACAAUAGUGUUUACCCAAAUCGUGUCCAUUUAGAGGAACUCAUCGUCGAGAAUGCCCCUAGUCUUGAGAAGUUGCUCCGUCUUCAUUACGGCACUGGUCUGCAUGUAUCUGUAGUUUCAGCGCCUCAAUUGGAGACAAUAGGCUACCUUUCUGAUGGUGAUUACUGGUUUCAAGAUAAUCCCUACAGCAAACUCGUGUUUGGCUCCACAAUUAUUCAGGGAUUGCACGUUGACAAGCUGGCAAUGGUGAUCCUCACAGUAAAGACUUUAGCUGUCCAAAUGAAAACACUAUGUUUGGAUACGGUUAUUCAGUUGAUGACAUGCUUUCCAUGCUUGGAGAUGUUGUACAUUCAGAUUAAGGCAAGUAUGUCAAGGCCAAGCAAUUUGUGGGGUCGCAAACACCCGGAUCUGAUCCAAUGUCUUGAUAUCCGUCUGAAGAAAAUAGUGUUGGACUCGUAUCGUGGCAUCAAGUCCCAAGUUAACUUUGUUACUUUCUUUGUAUUGAAUGCCAGAAUGCUAGAGCUGUUGAUACUCGAGGUUCUUUCUGAACAUUACAAUCAGGAGUUCUUGGCAGAACAACGUACAGAGCUUCAGCUGGAGAAAAGGGCUUCAAUAGGUGCUCGGAUUCAUUUUACAACUCGUAAAUGUGUCCGCAGGCCCAAGGAUAUCAAACAUGUCCGAGAUUUGGAUUCAGUUGACCCAUUCUCAGUAGAGUGCUGA